AUGUCCAUCGCGUGUAACGCGUUCAUCAUGCUCGUGUCCCUGUGUUUCAGCCGCAGAGUCGUCGGGGCGAAGCGUUUCGACGCGAUGAAGCCGCACGAGCGAACGACUUGGCACACGAAUUUGUGCACGUUUUGGCCCGCGUUCGCGGUCACGGCGUACGCGCUGCCGGCGAUCGCGACAUUUUCGGGGAAGAGCGAUUCGUUCGUGAGCGAUGUGAGCGCGCUGACGUCGAAGGCGUGUGGGUUGUCGAUCGGUUACAUGACGUGGGACUUGGGAGUGAUUUUAGCGCGUUGGGACGAUCAAGUCGUGGCGUAUGGAGGGAAAGGCGCGCUGUACUUGUUCAUCGUGCAUCACGUGUUUUCCAUCGUGCUGUGGCCGUACGCGCUGAUGCGACACUUGUGCGCGUAUCACAUAAACUAUUUUCUCGUGAGCGAGGUGACGAAUUUUAACAUGUCGCUUCGAUGGAUUUUAGCGGCUCUAAACAUGUCCAACACGAAACUGUAUUUGAUCAACGGCUUGGCGUGGAUUCCAUUGUUUUUGGGCGUCCGCGUGGUUGUCAUACCGCGACUUUUCGCGGCGUACAUGAACUCGGAUUGGGGAGUAUUGACGACGCCACAAUACUACGCCGCGCUUUUGACGCUUCCCAUUCCGUCGCUCUUAAACUUGUAUUGGGCGCAACAAAUCGUCGUCGGAGCGGCGAAAUUCUUAAUCACGGGCGAGGACGUGCUGAAACAAGAUUAG